AUGGCAAGCACACAGCUGGAGAAGCAAACUGAGCCAGUGCAAGGAGACCGACUUGAAGAGGCCAAAGACAUUAGCGAUCGUGGCACUGGGGAGGACGUUGAGCAGGCGCAGAUACCGCAGCCGGAAGACGAGCACGACACCUCGGCCGAGCAUGAUGAGUUCGAAGUCACUUGGGACGGCGACGAUGAUCCUUCCAACCCGAUGAAUUGGAGCAACUCACGAAAGAUCUCAAUCAUAGCGAUGGUAUCUUUCGUGACGUUCCUCACACCUCUGGCAUCGUCAAUGUUCGCACCAGGCGUCCCCAAUGUAAUGGAAGAAUUCAGCACGUCUUCCAACCUCCUUGCAGCAUUCGUGGUGUCGAUAUACGUCCUUGGGUUCGCCUUUGGCCCCUUGGUCGUUGCUCCGGCCAGUGAGCUUCUCGGUCGAUCUCCAGUAUACCACAUCUGCAACACCCUCUUCGUGAUCUUCACCAUUCUCAACGCGGUGGCCGUCAAUCUUCCAAUGCUUAUUGCGUUUCGAUUCUUUGCUGGUUUCGCUGGAGUUGGAGCUAUCACGAUUGGCAGUGGGACGAUUGCCGAUCUGAUACCUCCUGAGAGGAGAGGAAUGUCUAUGGCGUUGUACUCCAUGGGUCCGAUAUUUGGACCUAUCGUUGGACCCAUUGCUGGUGGCUUUUUAACCCAGGGUGCAGGAUGGCGCUGGGUGUUUUGGGUGAUUACUAUCUCGGGCGGCGUGGUUACCGUUGCCUGCUUCUUCGUCCUGCGAGAGACUCUGGCGACCGUCAUCCUGGAGAAGAAGGCAAUCCGACUGAGAAAAGAGACAAACAACCCAGACUGGCAUGUCCGAAAACCGCUGGAUCUUCCCCCUCGACAGCUUCUCAUGCAGAGCAUCGUUCGACCUAUGCGAAUCCUCCUACUCACUCCUGUUGCAUCGGCCAUGAGCAUCUACAUCGCAAUCUUGUACGGGCUCUUGUACAUCCUCUUCACCACAUUCACCUUUGUCUUCAAAGAUCAGUACGGUUUCUCGACAUCGAGUGCUGGGCUCUCCUAUCUCGGAAGCGGUGUUGGCACCUUAGCUGGCCUCUUGUACGCAACAAUGCUCAGCGACAGAAAAGUUCGCCAGAAGAUCGCAAUCAACCAGAAACCCCAACCAGAAGACCGCCUACCGCUGUACAUGGUUCUCCCGAGCUGUCUCUCAAUCCCUGUGGGAUUCUUCAUUUACGGCUGGGGAGCCCAGUACCAAGUCCACUGGAUCGUGCCUCAAGUUGGAACGGUCAUCACCAGUUUCGGAGUCAUCAUCAUCCUGAUGUGUGUUCAGACCUAUCUUGUGGACACCUUCACAACGUACGCUGCCAGCGCAAUCGCAGCCAACACGGUUUUGAGGAGUCUCCUGGGCGCGCUUCUACCUCUUUGCGGACUUGACAUAUAUGACGCUUUGGGACUGGGAUGGGGGAACACGCUUUUCGGCCUGAUUGCGUUUAUCAUUGCUCCGAUUCCAAUACUCUUUGGACUCUAUGGAGAACGGUUGAGAGCCAUGAAGCCGUUUGUUGGAUGA